AUGAGGAAAGAAAAACCAAAACCUAUUGAAGGAAAAAUAAAUUUUUCUUCUGGAUCUAUUGAUGAGAAAAACUUGAUAUAUAAAAUGACCAAUGACAUUAAAAAGGCAAUGGGUGGUGGAAACCCAAACAGGACUACAAAUAAAGACAUGUUAUUUGAAGUAAUGACAUUCUACAUUAAAAACAAUAUAACACAACUAGAUGAAGAUCAACAUAUGGCUGACGAAAACAAUUUACCAUUUUUGGACUGUUCUUUUUCAUCAUGUAAUGAGGAAACAUCAACUCAGAAACUUUUUGUCACUGCCGAAACAUCAAUCAAGAACCUUAUUAAAAGAGUGAUAAACCAUGGAAAAGUUUGUAAAGGUCAGUUGCAUCUUUACUCAACUGAUAUUAAGGGUCAUGUUGGAGUAUGCAAACUUAAAUGUGAGGAAAAACAUGAACUACUCUGGUCAAGCUCACCGUAUAUGGGAGACAAAUAUCUAUGUAAUUUAAGAAUGUCUCAUGGAUUUUAUGUGUCAGGAAUCCUACCAAACCAAUAUUCCAGAUUUUGUCAGGCAUCUAACAUUGGUACUAUUGGGGAGACUACGCUGAAUAGUAUUUUCCAGAAAUAUGCCCCGGUAGUGUCACAGCUGGUGAAAGAGUCAUAUGCAACUGCUCUCUUGGAGGAAAUCGCGUCCUAUGAAGAACUUCAAGAAGGUAUCGAUAUUGUAACUGAUGCAAGACAUGGUACCAGAAAAAAUUCUAUGUACACAGACGUUGUUUGCCUUGGUGCCAGAACACAUAAAGUUUUACGUGUUGAAACAAUUUCAAAAUUGGAUUGUACAAGUGCACAAAAACAUGAACUUAUAGGAACAGAGAGGAUUUACGAAUAUUUUAAAAAUCUCAGAGAUGAGUACGAAGUGAAAAUUCGUGUUCACUGUCAUGACAGAAAUACCAGUGUUAACAAAUUCAUCCAUAUUAAUGGAAUUGACACAGAAUCAACAAAUGAUACCUGGCAUGCCACCAAAAACAUAGCCAAAGAAAUUAAGACCAUUUGUUCUGGACCAAGAUACAAGGAAGGACAAACGUGGCACCCUGAGUUAUCGGACAAAGCAGCAAGUAUAAAAACUCACCUGUAUUGGGCAAUGAAAAAUUGCGAUAAGGAUCCAGUAAAACUUAAACUAAGUCUAUUGAAUAUAGUUGAACAUUAUAAGAACAAUCACGAACACUGUAGUGAAUUAUCAAGGUGUAAAACUGAUUCGAAUUAUGAACCAACUAAAUAUUUAAUCAAGGAUCCCAAAGCAGAGAUGUCAUUAACAUUAAGAGCUAAGGGAAAUGAUAACGAUAAUGCUACUUGUCCCUCUAAAGUAACCUCCCAAUUAGAUGAAAACUUUACUUGUUUAUCAGAUGAAUCUAUAAAGAGACUUAACUUUAAUACAGUUUUUACAACCACAACUGUAAAUGGUCAGAUGUUUGUAAAAACUAAUUCAAAAAUAUCAGAAAACCAACCUGACAAAAAUGCAAGCUCAAAAAGUGAAGAAAAAGUUGAUAACUUUGAUUUGACACAUAAAUCCAUUCAAAACACAAAUUUUUCUGAAGUAUUGGAAAUUAAACAAGAGCCAGAGACUUACAAUGAACCAGAUAUCAAAAUGUCAGAACUCACAUGUACAGAAAAUACAGAUUUGUCGAUAUUUUAUGAAUUAAAAAUAGAGCCAAAUGAUGAUGAUAGAUCUAAGAUUGGAAUUCCUCAAUCAACAAAUAUUCGAAGUCAACUUUUUUCUACAGAAAAUAAGGUUAACAAUACUAAAAAAGUGUUGCUAGGUAAUGUGAAAUCAACAUUCAUGAAUCAUGAAGAAAAAGCUAAAAGGAUUAAAACAUUACCGGACAUUGUUAAGCAGUAUGCUGGGAAACUUGUGUCAAAAGAUGUUACAAUGGAUCAGAAAGAAACUAGUAUAAAUUUUGAAAUAAAAGGGUCUGAGCUUGGUGAAGAUGGUGAAAACCAACAGUUGGAAAUGGUUGGAAUUCAAAAUGAUAUGGUUAUAAAAGAGCAGCAAGAAAAACUGGAUUCUAAUAUUACAAGAACAUUUGUAAAGACAACAAAAUCAAGAUCGAAGAAAGAUAACACACGUUAUUUAUGUCAGCACUGUAACUAUAUAACAAACGAUAAAAGUAAUUACAAUAAACAUACCUUGCAGCAUACAGAUAAAACCUAUAUGUAUAUAGUACCGAAUAAAAAUACAAAUUGGAAUAAAGCUCAUAGCAUUAUGGGACCAAAAAAUAAUGAAGAGAUAAAAAAAUCUACUACUAAAGUAGGAGGACUUGUAAAGAACUCAUCUGAUCUAAAACUAAAAACCUUACCUGCUAUACAGCCAAGGUGGCAAAUUUCUUGUGCGGAGUGUGGGAAGAUUUUCCGUAGUAAGUAUGGACAUUCCUUGCAUAUCAAGAACAAACACAAUAUGGACUUUAAAUACCUUUGUAGUGUGUGUGGUCAAGGAUUUAAUCAGGCCAUUCAAUACAGCCAUCAUUGUAGACGUCACCAACAUCAGAUCAAAGUUGAUACAUGUCCACUUUGCAAGACUGAAUUUAUGGGUUUAGGUUCUUUAAAGCGCCACCUAGAGACGUGCAAUAAGUCUGGUUCCUCUCCCCAUCAUUGUGAUAUUUGUGGUUCAGGCUUUAGUACAAAAGCAAAACUUCAGGAACAUAACAAAGGGAAACAUGAAGAAGCCAGAUAUUCUUGUCGGAUUUGUUAUAAAAAAUUCAACUGGAGAUCAAGCUUGAAGGCACAUGUUAGAUGCCGACACAAAGACUUUCAUUCACAUGCUGAACCAGAAUGAUUGGAAUGACUUUGUUAUAUCAUGGAUUUUGUUUCACAAUACUUUUUUGUUUGUUUUUUGUUAUGGUUAAGUACUUAGUGCUGAAAUAAUCAGCCAUAAACAUGAUAAACAUGAUAAAUUUAAAGAUUUC